AUGGCCUCCGCUGCAAAUCAGAAUAAAUGCCCUCAAAAUCAAUGGGUAGCUAUUUUGCCAGCUGCCAUCGCUAAUACCAAUGGAAGCAAAAAUCGUAUUAUAACCUUAAGACAUCCACGAUUUGAUAUUGGAUGCCAAUUUUUACUUUGUCAAGAAUCUCAUUCUCUGUUUGAAAUAAUGGAAUUUAAAGAAGAGCCACGAUCCUGGUUUGUUAAUAAUACCGUCCAACAAAAUGGAGCCUUAUUAAUAUCAACACCUGUAGAUCCUAUAUUUAUGAUUCUACCCUAUCUUGCCAAAGUCAAGGACAAGUUCAUACCAAUGGAUCAAAUUCUAAUGGAUGAUAAAUUUCCAUCGUGUUCUCGGUUAUAUGACUGUGUUUCAGCGAACGACUUGGCUAAAGUAUGCGAAUGCAAAGGCAGUGAAGAUCUUUUUGCUUAUCGAUUGAGUACAGAUAAAUUAAUAGGAUGGAUUCAAAGAAAAAUAGAAAGAGUGGCAGAUGAUUUACGGCACCUGGGUGUCUAUGCUGGAACAGGGUCUCAGUCAGAAACAUUUACUCGUAGUUCUAAAGAUAGCAGCACCAGUAAAGAUGACUACAUCAAGUAUACGUUCGGUCUAAUAUCGGAUUAUCUAUCUAAAGAUAUUUGUGCACUCGUUGAGAAAAAGAUGAACAUUACGUCACAAAAAAUAGAAAUGCCACCUUCUAAGAAACUGAAGCAAGAGACAAAAUCCCAAGGACCCACAGAUGAUUACACAAAAUUUAAUCCGCCAUCAACGUUGGCAGCUCAAGUUCAGUCGUCUCAUGAUGAUAAGGCUAGAAAAUUAACCUCAAGUGAACGAAAAUUAAAGAAAGUAGAUAAAACCAAUAUAAAAUCAAUUAGUAGCUAUUUCUUCCGAGACAAAAAAGCAUCGUAA